AUGAAGUCCUCAAUCCUCACUUUUACCGCUUCUGUCCUCUUCUCUCUCGCCGCCGCCGAUCCAGGCCAUGGUGGUCAUCAUCCUCCUACAUUCCAGCAGAGAUGUGCUCGUCUCGCACAAACCUUCCAUCCAGACCACAAAACCCAGGUCCUGGCCGCCGAGUUCCUUCCAACGGGAACAAACUUCACAAACCCAGAUAACCAUCCAACAUGUCAGAGUAAACCAUUCACCAUUACUUUGACGGAUAUGUGCCGUCUGAGACUUAAGGUGAAGACCAGCCAUGCCUCCGCCGUAGAAUUGGAGGCUUGGAUGCCUUUGAAUUGGAAUAAGAAGAGAUACUUGGUGCUGGGGAAUGGUGGCCUCGGUGGAUGUAUCGCCUACCCGGAUAUGGGAUUCACAGCCUGGUUGGGCUUCGCUACCAUCGCCCAUAACAACGGUCAUCUCGGUGAUACCGGCGAACACUUCCUGAACAACCCCAACGUCGUCGAGGAUUAUGCCUACAGAGCCAUUAAAACCGCCACCAAGGCCGGCAAGAAGGCUGUAAGGCAUUUCUACAACACUUCUAUCAAGAAAUCCUACUUCAUGGGUUGUUCCAGCGGUGGCCGUCAAGGUCUCAAAGCCGCGCAGGACUUCCCAGAGGAAUUCGACGGUAUCGUCGCCGGCGCCCCAGCAAAUGAUAUCAACAACCUCUGGUCCAUUUCUGGACAUUACUACAAACUCAACGGUAACCCCGGAGAUGCCAGCUACCUCAGCGAAGAACAGUGGACUGCAAUGCGCAACGAGAUUUUAAGACAAUGCGACGGCCUCGAUGGAGUCGUCGACGGUGUCAUCGAGGAACCUAGGACUUGUAAACCACGGUUUGAAGCUUUAAUGUGCGGUGCUGGUAAAACGUGGACUUCUCAUCAAUGUCUUACUGCCACACAAGUUGAUACCGUACGAAAGUUGUACGAACCAUAUUAUGGUACCGAUGGGAAACUUUUAUACCCGGAGUUUGACCCUGGUUCCGAAGUCACAGACGAUGUUUACGGCGGUGUACCACCGUCUGCGACAGAAUGGUGGAAAUAUGCCAUUUUCAAUGAUGCAAACUGGGAUUUCCAUUCACAGUUCUCGCUUCAAAUGGCGAUGGAUAUGAAGGCUCUUGAUCCUUAUGGAAUCUCUGCCUGGAAACCACUUACAAAGUUAAAGCAAAAGGGUCGUAAGCUACUUACCUACCACGGUCUUCAAGACGGUGUGAUCAACUCCGGUAAUUCGUAUAGAUACUACGAAUACGUCUCAAGAACCAUGGGUCUGACUUCCUCGGAACUUGAUUCCUUCUAUCGAUACUUCCCAAUCCCCGGUGGUUCCCACUGUCAUAGCGGAGCUGGGAAUUGGUACGUUGGUGCUACCUCGCAAGUUGGAAGGGUCUUGAAUGCCAAGGAUAUUCCGGCUGAAGGUGGUGUGCUAAUGAGUAUGGUUAAGUGGGUCGAGGAAGGUGUUGCGCCGGAGAGGAUUACUGGAAGAAAUAUGAAUGCUAAGACGGGUGUGCAGAGCAGUAUUAAGGAACACUGCAAGUGGCCUAAGAAGAAUAAGUAUUUGGGAGGAAAUCCGAAUGCGAAGGAGAGCUGGGGAUGUACGGAUCCUUGA